AUGAGCAGACUCAGCCGCACCUCCAGUGCUAGCUCCGAGUCCUACACUGCAAUUCCCUCCUCUCUCGAGUCGCAUCAUCAUCAAGCAGGCAUGCCCUCCUACUACCAUCACGGGCGCAUCGGGUCCCUUUCUGGCCCAGGCGUGGCCUCCACCAAUGGUGCCGUCGGCUACUAUGACCAGCUUCCCGAGGGCGUGUCGACCUCGACGGCCGGCACGCUCGGCAGCAACGCCAUGGCUGCCGUUGCCUCCUACCAGCAGCAAGAGCCCUUUGCCGUCGGGCCCCCCUUGACACUCGGCGGCAACCUCCCCGGGACCGUCGUCACCAGCAACGGUCGCCGCAUGUCGCGAAGUGGCGCCCGCUCGGCCUCGGCAAACUUCUCUGUUCAGCCCACCGCCACGGGCGGCGGUGGCAGCGGCCGGGCGUCCUCCAGUGCCUGGACCCCGCAAGACGACGACGCCCUCCUCCAGGCCCGCGCGCGCGGCGAAAACUGGUCGCAGAUCCAGAUCCAGUUCCCCGGCAAGACGCCCAACGCCUGCCGCAAGCGCCACGAGCGCCUGAUGGAGCGCCGCAACGCCACCAACGACUUUGACGCGCGCAAGAUGGAGCAGCUGGCGCGCGAGUACAUGCACAUGCGCCGCGAAAUGUGGACGCCGCUGGCGCAGCGGACGGGCGAGAAGUGGACGACGGUGGAGCAAAAGUGCAUGAAUGCCGGGCUCAAGAACCUGCAGGGCGUGUCGCGGUCGUCCUCGCGGCGGCUGCGGAUCGAGCAGGGGUACGUCGGUGUGGGGGGCCUGCCCGCCUAUGCCGGCGACGAGAACCUGCUGGGCACCAGCAUGGUCGUCGGCAGCAAUGGCCACGCGCACCUUGUGGCGGGGAGUGGCGUUGAUGGCGUUGGCGGCGGCGGCGGUGGUGAUGGCGGGGCCGGCGGUGGUGACAACUUGAUCGACGGCCACGGCUCCCCAGGUGGCAGCACAGGCAGCAACGUCGGUGCCGGCAACCGGUCGGUGUCGGGCGGAAGCAACAGCAGCACGGUGUCGGUGCAGACGACGCACCACAUGCAGGCCCCGUCGCGGCGGCACGCGCAUUCACAUUCCCACUCGCACAGCUACUCCCACCUCCAGGUGCCAUCUUCGGCGGGCAGUCCCGGCGCGGUACCCCAGCAGGAGGUCGGCUCGCCUGGUGCCACAUAUCCGGACUACUACACCACCGCAACCUCCACGGGCUUCUCGGCCGGCGCUGGUACAAUCCCAUCCACCGGCAGCGGCGCAGCCAUGGUCAGUCCCUACAUGGGCCAUCACCAGCACCACGGCCAUCCAGGACAGCAGCCGGCCCACCACAGCCACCGCCUGUCGCCCGAUAUGGGUAUUGACGCGCUGCUUCACCGGCGGUGA